AUGGCUCCACUCAAACCUGUAAAGAGUCCCUAUGCGGAUGUGAUGGAUGAUACUUCCACUUCUCUAGCUGGUCUAAUCACUGAAGAAAUCAUUGAAUCUUAUGGUUCCAUCAAUGAAACUACUACCCAAGCCACACUUUCAAGCAACAACGACACUCUAACCAACGAAGAGAUACCGCUUGAUCCCAAUGAUGGUUACCUAUUGCCCUUCAAUCAGACAGUGGCAGUUCUGAUUCCAAUGUACUUCUUGGUGUUUCUUGCGUCUUUGGAUUCCACCAUCUUAUCGACAUUGAUGACGGACAUUGCAUCUGACAUGAAUGCCAUCCCCUAUAUUUCGUGGAUCGCAACAGCGUAUCUCUUUUCCACCUCUAUUGUUCAACCCUUGGGCAAGCUAAGCGAUAUUUUCGGUAGGAAACCCUGUCUACUGGUUUGUAUUGUUGUUUUCACAAUAGGUUGUGUCCAAUGUGCAACAGCCACUUCUGUUUGGUCGUUUUCUUCAGGUAGAUUCUUAUCUGGUUUUGCAGCUGGAUUAAACACUCUCUCGACAAUCAUUACAAGCGAUUUGAUCCCAUUAAGAAACAGGGGGGUUUACCAAGGCUUGGGUAACAUAUUCUUUGCACUUGGUUCUGCUGUAGGUGGCACGUGCGGUGGUUGGAUCUCCCAAAGAUGGGGAUGGAGAGUCGCAUUCUGGUGUCAAGUUCCAAUUGGUAUUGUGUGUUUCCUCAUUAUUGUUUUCUUCUUUAAUAUCCCAACAUUGCCCCAUGAAAUUGAUAGCUUAAAUAUUUCACUAUCACAGAAAAUGAAAAAAGUUGAUGUAAAGGGAAUCUUUUUGAUUGCAUCAAAUUUGUUCGUUCUUAUUACAAUGGCAAGCUCUAAUUUUGAAAAUCAUUGGUACUAUGUGGUACUGCUUUCCAUUUUAGGAUUUGGACUUUACCAUUUAUAUCAAGUAGAAAAUAGCCACCCAUUCGCAAUCAUUCCAAUGGAACUCAUGAGAAACAGAUCGGUUCUUGGCUCUUCGCUAGCCAAUUGGUUUGGUACAAUGUAUUCCUACAUUAUCAUGUAUUAUUUCCCAGUCUAUUUAUCGACGGUAUUAGGCAUCAAAUCAGAUGGUGUUGGUCUUAGACUGGUUCCAAAUAUUGUUGUUGCUUCUCUAUCUUCCAUCGGAAGUGGUGUUUACAUGAAGUGGAGUGGUAAGUACUUAAAGUUCUCCAUUAUUGUCAAUUCGCUAGGUGUACUUAGUUUGAUUUUUCUGUUAUUUAGAACAUACCCAGGUCAAACACCUACAACGUUUGAGCAAUAUAUGUUAAAUACAGUAGCCGUUGGUGCUUAUGCUUCUAUGUUGACAGUUACCUUACUAUCGCUUAUAGCUGCCGUCCCACUUGAAUAUCAAUCCUCUGUGACAUCCAUCCAAUAUGCAUUCAGAAGUAUGGGCUCAACCUUAGGUACUACAUUUUCGUCCUUUAUCUUCACAACCACACUAUCCAAACUUUUGGUUGAUAAAUUGACAGCUUCAAAACCGGAUGAUUUGAGUGAUUACAAAUUGGCAAAAAUUAUUGAAAUUGCAUUACAUGAUGCUAAUUACAUCAGAUCUCCGAAGGCACCUGAGUGGACAAGAAGUAUAAUGGUUUAUUGCUAUAACCUCAGUGUUUGGUGGACAUUUGUGUUUGCCCUUAUCACCUCUAUUUUUGGUCUUGUGGCAAUAUCUAUCAUUAGGGAAAAUACUCUCCAUACCAGCGUGAAGAGAUAA